ACGACAAACAGCUGCUACACAAACGACUGAGGAAUAAAAACAUAGCGCUCCGUUUAUUUACUUUUCUUGCCGCUGUCCUCACGUGACGUUGUAUAUUUUUUUGUAUCUCGUUGGUAUUUGCAGCGAAUUUGAUAUACAACAAAUAUAUCCUUUUAUCUGCACAGGGAUUCUGCGUAGGGAUAAUAGCGGAUUUGCUCAGCCUGGUAAAUACAUAAGUGAUGGCGUGUGCUAAGAGACCAUCCUUGCAGGGACCGGUGCCUCCCCCUCGCAAGAAGACGAGCCCCAAACCUGAGUUGACUGAGGAGCAAAAGCAGGAGAUUCGGGAGGCCUUUGAGCUCUUCGACACCGAUGGCGCUGGAUACAUCGAGGUUAAGGAACUCAAGGUUGCCAUGAGAGCUCUGGGUUUUGAACCAAAGAAAGAGGAGAUCAAAAAGAUGAUUAGUGAAGUGGACAAGGAGGGCACAGGGAAGAUCUCUUUUAGUGAUUUCCUCAGUGUCAUGACACAGAAGAUGGCCGAGAAGGAUUCCAAAGAGGAGAUACUGAAAGCUUUCCGCUUGUUUGACGAUGACGAGACCGGUAAGAUCUCCUUCAGGAAUCUCAAGAGAGUCGCAAAGGAGCUCGGAGAAAACCUCACAGAUGAAGAGCUGCAGGAAAUGAUUGAGGAGGCAGACAGAGAUGGUGAUGGAGAAGUGAACCAGCAAGAGUUCCUGCGAAUUAUGAAGAAAACUUGCUUGUACUGAUGCUAAUAUUUGGUUUUACAUGGAAAGCUGCCUAUAGAUUUAAACCUUUCUUGUCUCUUUUAGUAUUGUAUAAUGUCAUACGAUUAAAUGUGAAUUGUGUUAGAUCUUACUAAGAGGUCCAUUAAGUCCAAGAUGCUCUUGUUCAGGAUGCUGCAUACUUUUGUGAAGAUUACAUAGAGGACAAACUCAGUGCCUGCUCUAAUACUUUUGCUUUAAUAUUUAAUUCACAGUUUACACUUAAUUUUGAAUGUGAAACAAAGUCACAUGUUCAAAUUCCAUGGAAAUGCUUACUUGACCACCAUUAUAGUUACAUGUUAUGAAUGCCUUGCUUUGUUGUGUUUAUCUGUGCUCUGUAUUUUUCAAUGUUUAUAUAUUGUAUAGUACGUUUAAAAAAAAAAAACAUAAUAAAAAAAGAACAUUAUUUAUGGUACAGAUGUAAUAAAUACCUUUAAGCAUU